AUGGCGAGCCCUCCGGAGGCCGAUGGCUUCUCGGACGUGCGCAAGGUGGGGUACCUGCGCAAACCCAAGAGCAUGCACAAGCGUUUCUUCGUGCUGCGGGCGGCCAGCGAGGCCGGGGGCCCGGCGCGCCUGGAGUACUACGAGAACGAGAAGAAGUGGCGGCACAAGUCGAGCGCCCCCAAACGCUCGAUCCCCCUCGAGAGCUGCUUUAACAUCAACAAGCGGGCCGACUCCAAAAACAAGCACCUGGUGGCUCUCUACACCCGAGACGAGCACUUUGCCAUUGCGGCAGAUAGCGAGGCCGAGCAAGACAGCUGGUAUCAGGCGCUCCUGCUGUUGCACACCCGGGCCAAGGGUCACCACCACGACGGGAGCGCGGGCUCCGGGGCCGGGGGCAGCUGCAGCGGCAGCUCGGGCGUGGGGGAAGCCGGGGAGGAUCUGAGCUUCGGAGAGACGCCCCCGGGACCCGCCUUCAAGGAGGUCUGGCAGGUGAUCCUGAAACCCAAGGGCCUGGGGCAGACAAAGAACCUGAUCGGCAUCUACCGCCUCUGCCUGACCAGCAAGACCAUCAGCUUCGUGAAGCUCAACUCGGAGGCCGCCGCCGUGGUGCUCCAGCUGAUGAACAUCCGCCGCUGCGGCCACUCGGAGAACUUCUUCUUCAUCGAGGUGGGCCGUUCGGCCGUGACGGGGCCCGGCGAGUUCUGGAUGCAGGUGGAUGACUCGGUGGUGGCCCAGAACAUGCACGAGACCAUCCUGGAGGCCAUGCGGGCCAUGAGCGACGAGUUCCGGCCCCGCAGCAAGAGCCAGUCGUCCUCCAACUGCUCCAACCCCAUCAGCGUCCCCCUGCGCCGACACCACCUCAACAACCCCCCGCCCAGCCAGGUGGGGCUGACGCGCCGCUCGCGCACCGAGAGCAUCACCGCCACCUCCCCGGCCAGCAUGGUGGGCGGGAAGCCGGGCUCCUUCCGCGUGCGCGCCUCCAGCGACGGAGAAGGCACCAUGUCCCGCCCGGCCUCGGUGGACGGCAGCCCCGUGAGUCCCAGCAUCAACCGGACCCACGCGCACCGCCAUCGGGGCAGCUCCCGGCUGCACCCCCCGCUCAACCACAGCCGGUCCAUCCCCAUGCCCUCUCGGUGCUCCCCGUCGGCCACCAGCCCCGUGAGCCUGUCGUCCAGUAGCACCAGCGGCCACGGCUCCACCUCGGACUGUCUCUUCCCACGGCGAUCCAGCGCUUCCGUGUCCGGCUCCCCGAGCGAUGGCGGCUUCAUCUCUUCCGACGAGUACGGCUCGAGCCCUUGCGACUUCCGCAGUUCGUUCCGCAGCGUCACCCCCGAUUCCCUGGGUCACACCCCACCGGCCCGGGGCGAGGAGGAGCUGAGCAACUACAUCUGCAUGGGUGGCAAGGGGGUCUCCACGCUGGCCGCUCCCAACGGCCACUACGUGCUGUCGCGCGGGGGCAAUGGCCACCGCUACCUGCCGGGAGCCGCGGGCCUGGGCACCAGCCCGGCCCUGGCCGUGGACGAGGCCGCCGCCGUCGGGGCUGCGGAUCUGGACAAUCGGUUCCGGAAGAGAACCCACUCGGCCGGCACGUCCCCCACCAUUUCCCACCAGAAGACCCCCUCGCAGUCGUCCACGGAGGAGUACACGGAGAUGAUGCCCGCCUACCCGCCAGGAGGGGGCAGUGGAGGCCGGCUGCCCGGCUACCGCCACUCGGCCUUCGUGCCCACCCACUCGUACCCCGAAGAAGGGCUGGAGCUGCACCCCUUGGAGCGCCGUGGGAGCCACCAACCCCACCAGCACCCCCGGCCCGACCACCACGCCGCCCUCCACACGGACGACGGCUACAUGCCCAUGUCCCCGGGGGUGGCCCCGCUGCCCACCGGCCGCAAGGGCACCGGGGACUACAUGCCCAUGAGCCCCAAGAGCGUGUCUGCCCCCCAGCAGAUCAUCAACCCCGUCAGACGCCAUCCUCAGCGCGUGGACCCCAACGGCUACAUGAUGAUGUCCCCCAGCGGCAGCUGCUCGCCCGACAUCGGUGGGGGCGGCGGCGGCGGGGGCGGCGGGGUCAGCGGGAAGCUGUGGACGAAUGGGGUCGGGGGUCACCACCCCCACGCCCUGGCGCACCCCAAGCCCCCUGCCGACAGCAGCAGCAGCGGUGGCAAACUCUUGCCUUGCACCGGGGACUACAUGAAUAUGUCCCCCGUGGGCGACUCCAACACCAGCAGCCCCUCCGACGGCUACUACGGCCCCGAGGACAAGCCCGUUCUGUCCUACUACUCAUUGCCAAGGUCCUUCAAGCACACCCAGCGCCCCGGGGAGCCGGAGGAGGGUGCCCGCCCCCAGCACCUCCGCCUCUCCUCCAGCUCCGGCCGCCUUCUCUAUGCCACCACGGCAGAAGAUUCUUCGUCGUCCACCAGCAGCGACAGCCUCGGUGGGGGUUACUGUGGGCCUCGGCCCGAGCCCGGCCUCCCCCAUCCCCACCAUCCUGUCCUGCAGCCGCAUCUACCACGAAAGGUGGACACCGCCGCGCAGACCCACAGCCGCCUGGCCAGACCCACCAGGCUCUCCCUGGGGCACCCCAAGGCCAGCACCUUACCGCGGGCUCGUGAACAGCCGCUGCAGCCCCAGCAGCAGCAGCAGCAGCAGCAGCAGCAGCCUCCAGAGCCCAAGAGCCCAGGGGAAUAUGUGAAUAUUGAAUUUGGAAGUGAGCAGCCUGGCUACUUCUCUGGCCCCAGGGCUCCACACAGCUCCGGCCUUUCUGUCCGGUGCCCAUCCCAGCUUCAGCCAGCUCCCAGAGAAGAGGAGACUGGCACUGAAGAGUACAUGAACAUGGACCUGGGGCCAGGCCGGAGGGCAGCCUGGCAGGAGAGUGGUGUGGUUGAGGUGGCCAAGGUCGCUGGGCCUGCCCCUCCGGGGGCUGCUAGCGUGUGCAGGCCUACCCGGGCCGUGCCCAGCAGCCGCGGCGAUUACAUGACCAUGCAGAUGCGUUGUUCCAGCCAGAGCUACGUGGACACCUCCCCAGUUGCCCCCGUCAGCUACGCUGACAUGAGGACCGGCCUUGCUACAGUAGAGGACGCGAGCCUGCCCCGGGCCACGGCCGCUGCUCCCUCUUCCUCCGCAGCCGUGGCCGCCUCUCCCAGUGAGCCUGAAGGAGCAGCCGAGCUGCCUGGGCGGGCUUCCCUGCUGGGGCCUCCACAGGGACCCGGGGCCAUCAGCGCCUUUACCAGGGUGAAUCUCAGUCCCAACCGCAGCCAGAGUGCCAAAGUGAUCCGGGCAGAUCCACAAGGAUGCCGGAGGAGGCAUAGCUCGGAGACCUUCUCCUCCACACCCGCUGCCACCCGGGCGGGCAACACGGUGCCCUUUGCAGCGGGGGCCGCAGUGGGGGGCAGCAGCAGCAGCAGCAGCAGCGAGGAGGUCAAGCGCCACAGCUCUGCCUCCUUUGAGAAUGUGUGGCUGAGACCUGGGGAGCUAGGGGGAGGCCCCAAGGAGACUGCCCAAGGGUGCGGGGCCGCCGGGGGUGUGGAGAAUGGUCUUAACUACAUAGACCUGGAUUUGGUCAAGGACUUCAAACAGCGCCCUCCGGAGCGCCCCCCACAGCAGCAGCCUCCCGCACCCCCAAACCCCCAUCAGCCCGUGGGCAGCGGUGAGAGCCGCUCUGCCAGCCGCUCCAGUGAGGAUUUAAGCACCUAUGCCAGCAUCAGCUUCCAGAAGCAGCCAGAGGACCGGCAGUAGCGUCACAGCAGAAUGAAGACCUAAACAACCUCAGCAAAUCCUGCUUUAACUCAUGGGUACCCGGACUCUUAACUAUUUCAUGAUUCACAACCAGGACCUCACCUCUUCCUCUCCGUAGAUGGUACGAUGCAUCCAUUUCAGUUUGUUUACUUUCUAUAAUCCUCAGGAGUUCAUGGACAGAACUGCACAUUCUAUAUUGUGCCGAGCAAAAAAACCCAGAAACACACACACAACGAAAACCACCAUCACCAACAAAAGCAACAACAAAAGCACUGUGAUACCGGAACAAUGAGUCUGCAUCAACUUCAUCUUAAACCUUAUGAACUUAGCUGGCCACGAUGAGCUGACAUGCCCACUGCAAUGCUGUGGGGGAAUGAGUUAAACUCUCAUUGCAGUUACGAGAUCAAUUUUAUCUGCUGCUGAAACUGCUCCAUAAAACACCAUUGUAAAUUAUUUCAUACAGAACUGUUCACGUUGAGUGGAGAAAGUAUUGGAUAUUUAACAUAGGUUUUGAUUUACAUGUCUAAUUUUUUUUUAAUGAAAAUGUAACUUCUCUUAUAGCACAUCUGUUGGUUUUUUUUUUUUUUCCUUCUUUUUUGGAUGUGGGAUUGAGGUAUACAAUGUUCUGUUGUAAAGAAGAGUGGAGCAAAUGCUUAGAACAAAUCAGAAAAGCAUAGAAGAGGGUCUGACCCUUGUUUUAAGACUGUAAUUCAGAAAAGUAAUAUACUAAGAAUCAUAGUGCCAUAGACGCUUCUCAAUUGUAUAGUUCUAUUUGCUGAUACUAUCUCCUGUAAUAUAAACUUGAUGUUGAGCUGAGUUCUUUAUAAGAAUUAAUCUUAAUUUUGUAUUUUUUUUUCCUGUAAGACAAUAGAUCAUGUUAACUAAACUGAAGAAGGAUAUAUUCUACUGGGGUAUUUUCAAGUGUCAGUUUAAAAUCAGUAGUUGAAUGGAAGCAGAAUUAUAAGAAAAGGAAAUGACAGUCUUCCAUUCAUUAUAUAUACUGUACAGAAGAGAGACAUGGAUGGUCCCUUUACAUACAAAGCUCUCUUUGGAAUGAACAAUGUAGGUGUUUGUAAAUUCUGGGAAUGUCUUUCUAUUCACAAUACAUUACAUACCGUUGAUUUCUUUUCCUCCCCAUCUACCACCAUUCUGUAAGCUUCCUGCUCCAUCUCUUAUUUUUUUUUCUGUGUACAUGUUAUGGUAUUUCAUUUCCUUCAUUGUCUUGAGAAGGAUGUUAAGAGAAGCAAUCUCUUGCUAACCAGAAAUUAAAAUCCCAGAUUUUUUUUUUUUUUCUUUAAAUCAUGGCCAGGGCUACAUGUCACUUUCCUUAAGACCCUCAUCUCUUAUGUCCUGACAACUUCCAGUGUUACAUGAUUUGACUAAAUGUAAGUGGUUCAUUUGCCCUGAUGAGUGCUGGGCCUAUUUGUGAUGAGUUACUAAAACCACCAAUGUGCAGAGAGCACAGGAGAGCAUGAUGAUCCCCUAUUGGGAGAUGUAGCCAGCAGUGCAAGUGUUAUUCCUCUUCUUGUUUGCAAAGUGUAGGCACCUUGGAAUUUUCCCUUGUGGAACCAAAAUGGCCAUGAACACAGCUUCACGUUAUUAACCUGUAGAAUGUUCAAUCAUUCUGCCAGGAAACCUCCUAAAGGUUAAGUGAAUGAAUGCAAAUAUCAGGUUCCCUCUGAGCCAGUGUGAGCGGUAUAGCAGACAUUGCCAGCCCUGCUUGUAGAAGGAGCAAUAUUUUAUUUCUGGGAAGAGUUGAGCUCCCUGGGUGGGGCUGCAGGGAAGGAGCUGCUGCCUCAUUGCUGGUUGGGGACCUCUGCUCUACUCAGAAGUGAGUGGAGAUGAAUGGACACACUGCUGAGGCCUGUGUUACUGCUCAUUGAACCAGAUGGCAUGUACCUCACAGACUGUUGUACAAUGUUCAUUGUUGCUGGUCUUAAUCAUUUGCAUGCUCAUCAGUUUCUAAGAUAAAUAGGUCUAUAGUCAUAAGAAUCCAUUGUUUCCAAGAAAACCUGCUGAAUUCCAUCAUUCCCUAUUUGUGGAGAACCCCACCAAUUUGAAAAAAAUCUGCUAUGAAAGUUGUUUCUUACACUUGGGUUAAAAAAAAAGAGAAUUUCAUAGUCUAAAUCUCUUUUCAUUUUUCAAACAUUCUAAUUUGUUCUCUUGUUUGAGUAAGAAGAAAGCAAGGCAGUUUUCUUUUUCUUUCUAGUUGUAAUUUUUUUUUAAGGAAACUAGACUUUGAAUACAUCUUACCAAGAUACCUCUGAAUGUGGGAUUAUCAACGUAUUUUGGGUGAGGAAAGAAAUGAACAGACUGGAAAAUCCAUCUCUUGGUCUCUGACUUUUUUUGUUGAGUCAAAUAGCACGAAGGUGGAAAUUCAUAUUUAAGCUGCUCUAGAAGUACCUGAGCUGGGUUUAAUGACAAUAUCAAACUUUACUGACUUAAAACUGGAAGUUACUGGUACUCAAGCCAAAGCCCAAGCUCUGGCUACUUGAAGGGUUUACUUUAAGCACAUCAGCUGCUAAGUUCUUGUGUUCAGUUCCUUUUGAAGAAAGUUGGCUUUUAUGCAUUUCUGAGUAUUUGUAGGUCAGGCAAGGGCUUACAUCCAUGGAGCUUCUAGUGGCCUCUAGUUAACCUAGAAGUUAGUGGCUUUUUCUUCAUGAACCCAACCUUUCACAGUGUUCUGAGAGACUUAAGUGGAAUUUUAAAGUUCUCCUUUGUUUUUUAAAAAAAUGCUUCCUGGCUUUGAUGUCUUCAUUUUGGGAAAAAUGAACCAGCUGGGGAUGAGGAGAACCCAUUAAUGAUCAACCACUUGAAUCAAUAAUGACAAAUCAGUACUGAUGUUAGAUUUGUGGCUAGUUUUUGCUGACUUUCAAAGGUCAGGGACUCCCUUGAAUAAUCUGUAACUGUACAAAUGGGUCUACUCAAAAUCAUCUAGCCAGAGUAGAGAUUUUUUAACCUUUCUUUCCCUGGCUUUUAUCUUCUACCCAUCUUUUAAAUGUGUGACAAAUAAUUAAGUAACUAUGUUUCUGUACUGUAAGGAACAAUAUUCUACGGUACCGAGCAUCUGCUUUAUCUAAUGUCACAUCCUGUAGGCAAUAUACCGUGUAGCUGGGAACUCAUUUACUACAGGUUGAAAGAUGGGGAGGAGGCACCCCAUCCACAGACAGUAAGAGCCAUGACUGUGGGUUACAGUGAUCCUUUCUAUUUGACUUACAUUGCUUUGGCAGAAUUCUGUAGGUUAGAUCAGCACACAAGGAGAGUCUCAGUCAAGGAGGUUCUCAAACCACACACUGGAAUUCGCACCUUCACCAGGGAGACAGGGACCUCUGGAAAGGCAUUUGAAGGAGAAUGAGUGGAAAUCAAAUAAGAAAUGGCUUCAUUUGCAGUGAGUAGACAGGAGUUUUAGAGUUCUCAAGACAAGGUGACUGUGAGGAAGAAGUGAUGUCUUAUACAUAUAUAUGGAGUGUGGAAAACAUAGAAGCAUGCCUUUCUGGGAAUGCAAGGAAGCACAGCCUUGUUGAUACAAAAAGCUAGACCUCCAUUCAGACUGAGGGUAGUGAUGAAGAACCACACAACCUUUCUGUGGUUGUGCUAGACUAUGAAAGGUUAGACACUGGUACCUUUGGUCAUUUCUAAUGCCAAGGUCCUCCCAUAGUUCUUUAAGUCGGUGUCUCCUAAGUGUGGGCCAGCAGGUAUGUGGGUAUCUCUCACUGCUUAUAAUUAGAGCAUGAAAUUUGAUGCUAGGAGAGGUUGAAUGAUGUUAGAAGUGUUUGGCUCUACUCAUAGGAGUUUACCAUUAAUAAAGAGCUUACAAUUAGGCAGUGUGAGUAGAAACGUGUGACAGAUGGAGAAUUGUCUUCCUUUCCUAGCUUGUUGAUGACUUGGCAUUCAUGAUAUAUGUCACCAAGAGAUCGGUGUGAUAGUCUUUUUGCCACUGAUCUAGUAUUCAAAUCUCUCUUUACUUUUGCUCAUUUCCCCAGUGUAAAACAUUAUAUGCCAUAUCAUAGGACAAUUUCACUAGACAGGAAAGGAUGUUUGUAUUUGUGUGGACAUUUUUAAUGCUGUUUUUUUUUCUCCUUUUUAGAACUUUGUCAUUGGCCUAAGAAUGUAGUUCCCAGAACAAUUUUUCUUAUAAAGUAUUUUCCUUACACCUCUUUGGCUACAGGGUGGGCCAAAUGAUCUCCAUAUAUAUUUUCAUUUAUUGUGUGUGCCGUUUGGUUUAUCAUCUUAAGAUGGUGGUGCUGCCCAUGGUGCUACUUCAUCUGUGUACAAAAGACCAAUGCAUGGUCUGUAUUGCUACCAAAACAUUUACUGUAUAUAUGUGUAUAACAUAUGUAUUAUGUAUAUAUGUAAUGGGUACCAGGCCAGGUUGAUGUUUUUUAUUUAGAAGUGUUUCACUUUUCCAAGUUUUCUUAUAGUGUUAUGCUUGUUUUUGAUUUUAACUUUCCUGAUUCUGACUGGUACUUAGAAUUGUAGUGUCUUCAUCGUUAAUUAAAGAAAACUGUCUAAAUGGA